UGCUCCUCCCCUUCCUGCUUACAUGAGAAAAGGCUCUUGCUGCCGCUGGAGCCGACGCGCAUUUCUCGGGAUACCUUUCCUUCCCGGGCGAAGUUGGGGAGGGCUAACCGGCGGUUUCCGGGAAAACUGGGAGGCAUCCCGGCCCUGGCUUUCAGCUGGUAGCUCCCGAUGACAAAUGAUGGCCAGCGGCGGCGGUGGUGAAUCGCGACACCCCGCGGAGGGUGGGCUCCCCAAUCUGCAGUUUGUCCCCUUCACUAGCGCUCUGGACGCAGGUUUCUGGCAUGAGCUCACUCAGAAAAAACUCAAUGAAUACAAACUGGACGAGUCUCCGAAACCGAUCAGAGGCUAUUACUAUAAUGGAGAUCCUCCUGGAAUGCCAGCACGUUUAACCCUUGAAUUUAGUGCUUUUGAUACGAAUGGCCCAACACCAGCACAUUGUUGCCCUGCUGUUGGAAUGUUGUAUAACACCAAUACUUUGGAAUCUUUCAAAUCCUGUGAUAAAAAGCUUCUCCUUGAAGAAGCAGCAACUGAGAUAUGGGAUGCAAUAACAACGGGGGAUGCCAUUAAAAAUCCUGUUUUAUUGAACAGAUUUCUUCUCUUAACAUUUGCAGAUCUAAAAAGAUACCGUUUCUAUUACUGGUUUUGUUAUCCUGCAUUGUAUGUCCCAGAAGGUAUCCCUUUGGUUAAACAGCCAGUGCCUCUGAAUACAAAGUUCUCUCCAGCUCAGACUGAAGCCCUCCAGAAUUCAUAUGAUCAACUUUGCCAGAAAGAAGGUCUUACAGCCCUGCCUUAUUUUUUAAUUAAAUGCCAUGAAGAUUCAGUCCACGUAUCCUUACUUAGGAACUGGGAUGACUUUUUUUCUGAUCAACAGGGCAAGGUGACAUUUGGUGUUUAUGACCCCUGUAAUUUCAUCCAAUAUCCAGGAUGGCCACUGAGAAAUAUGUUGAUCCUUGCAGCGCACAGAUGGUAUUUAUUAUUAGGUGAAGCCUUGAACAUGGUUUUUCCAUGGUUGCAAUCCAAGGCUGAAGGUUUUAACAUGAGCAUCCCAAUGCCAGGUCACCCUGUGAAUUUUUCUGAAACAACCUUGCAGCAAGCGCAAAAGGAUGUGGCUCAGCUGGAAAAGCUGAUUGAUGGUCAUGAUGUCAUCUUUUUGCUAAUGGACACCAGGGAAAGUCGAUGGCUUCCUGCUGUCGUCUCAGCCAGCAAGAGAAAGGACAGUGUUGUAGAAAAAGACCCUACAUUGAGGGAAAAUGUUAUAAAUAAUAUAAUGCUAGCAGAGUCAUCUGUGGAUCUUAACCUUAAAUUGAUGUGCUGGCGGUUAGUACCUACUCUUGAUCUGGAUAAAGUUGUAUCUGCAAAAUGUCUUCUUCUUGGAGCUGGUACAUUGGGUUGCACUGUAGCCAGAACUCUGAUGGGCUGGGGAGUCAGGAAGAUUACAUUUGUGGACAAUGCAAAUAUCUCUUAUUCAAACCCUGUGCGUCAACCACUCUAUGAAUUUGAAGAUUGCCUUGAGGGUGGAAAGUCCAAAGCAGUUGCAGCAGCAGAGAGACUUCAAAAAAUAUUCCCUGGAGUG